AAGACGCGUCCGUACUCUGCGAAGAUAGAAGCCGGUUUCAUCAUGUGGAAGCAUCGAGUUAUCGGCCUUCUGGCCUCACUAGCAAUCCUAGUAUCUGUUCAUGCCGAAGAAUCAUUUCUUCCUUACGCGAAGAAGGUAAUUUAUCUUCGUGAAAAGAGAGGUGCUGGGUACGGUGGAGGUUCUGGUGCACACAGUUUAGCUAGCAGCUCUGCCAACGCGAAUGCAUUUGGGAAUGGUUUUGCAAGCUCAAGUGCACAAGCCAGUGCAAGUGCAGGUGCAGGUGGAGGUGCAAAAUCAUCAGCUAUAUCUAGUGCUAAUGCCAACGCUGGAGGAUAUGGUGGUGGAUUGGGAGGUGGCGGUGGUCACGGUGGCGGAUUAGGCGGUAGCGGUGGUCACGGUGGAGGAUUAGGAGGCGGUGGUUGUGGAAAUGCUGGUUGCGGAGGUGGAUACGGAAGUGGCAGCAGCGGAGGAGGUGGAUACGGAGGUGGCGGUAGCGGAGGUGGUGGUAGCGGAGGUGGUGGAUAUGGAGGUGGUGGCAGUGGAGGUGGUGGCAGCGGAGGUGGUGGAUAUGGAGGCGGCGGUAGCGGAGGUGGUGGAGGCCUUGGUGGAGGUCAUGGCGGAGGUGGAGGUCUUGGCGGAGGUGGAGGUCUAGGUGGAGGUCAUGGCGGAGGCCUUGGUGGAAGUCACGGUGGAGGUCUAGGUGGUGGCCUCGGUGGAGGUCACGGAGGAAGUGGUGGAGGUGCAUUCGGAGGUGGUAGUGGAGGCGCUAGUGCAAAUGCAAAUGCACAAGCUAGUGCCGGAAGUUCCGGUGGAGGCGGAGGCGGAGGUUGCGGCGGAGGCUGCGGUGAUGGUGGCUAUGGCGGUCAUAAUGGUCACGGCGUAGAUGUAUUCUCCCGUCUGGGUGACGUAAAUGAUGGAAUAAGUCAUAGUGGUGGCGUGGAUGGUGCAAAAGGUGUUUACAGUAGUAGUGCUGCAAAUAUUGAUUCGUCCGGUAAAGGAAGCUACAAAGUGUCUGCUGGAAAAAUCCCAUGA